AUGGUAGCAACGCCUAAAGGAGCAAUCAUGAGUACAAAUUCUACACGUCCGUCGUCUAAUAUAGUUGAAGAUGAUGACGAAAUAUUGACAACUGAUGAUAUUUCUCUUCCAUCUUAUCCUCAAUCUACCAAAGAUAUAAAAUCGAUGAUUCAUUUCAAUCCUCCAACUGUAUCACAUCGACCAACUAUAUCAUCAUCAAUAUCCGAUAAAAAACAUAUUAAAAAAUUAAUAGAAAGCUCUCCUCCUCCUCCACCGCAACCUUCAACUAGAAAUCAUAGAAUAAUAAAGAAAUUGGAGUUUAAACCGAAGAAAAAAAUUACAAGACGUAAGAAAAAAAUUACAAGUCAAAAAACUACUAAAUAUACAGAUUCUGAUAGCACAAAACAAGACUCAAUUGUUCCUCUAAAUGAUACGUCAGUAAUACCUCAAAAAGCUAUUAAAAGAAUAUUAGAACAGGACGAAACUGAAAGUAUUAAGAGGAAAAGGAAGGAUGAUAAAAAAAGUGAACAGGAAAUAAAACAAAAAGACCAAAGGUUAAAAGAAGUAAAUAAAGAACGUUCUGAAAAAAGACAACAAUUAUUAACAAGACGCCGUAAGUCACAGAAACAAAAGAUUCCAAUAGAUCCUUAUGUUAUUCAACAAAUUCGCAAUAAAGAAAAGAAAGAAAAUCCAAAAAGAUCAAAAAAAGUUAUGAGAGAGGGAAGGUCACCUUCUCCAGCUAUGAAACGUCAAAAAGUAAAGCGAAAAGCGGAGCUGACAGAUGGAAACGGACAUACAAUUUCAAAAUUACAGAGAAAAGUCAACAAAAAACAGUCACAAAGAGCCUCAAGAUUAUGGGUUAAAAAUUUAAAGAAAAGAAAUGUAGAAUUUCACCCAUAUAAAUCAAAAAUUAAAUGGGCAACAAGAAAACCGACUCAAAAGGAUAUUAAAAAUUUUAAACCCUCACUUUGGUAA